AUGAAGGUCGAAGCGAGACAAGAAAACAAUCGCGUUGACGUCACAACGUCGUCUACUUCUCCAGCUGACACAGUUGAGAUUGAGACAAGACUCGAAGAGUUUUUCCUGCACGCGAAACAAUUGGAGCAGCUAUUUCUGAACGACAAUGUGGAGAGUUUGUCCUCGGUAAGUAUGAAAGUAUCUCGAGACAACGUAAAGGUGGAGAGAGAGCGCUUGGAAAAGGCAGUCGAUCGACAGGAACAAAGCGAAUUGGAGCUAGAAAUUUUAAACCUUGAAGCUGAGCUGGCAGAGAAAAAUGACUUGAUUGAGAAAUAUACGGAGAUAGUGCGAGGUUGGGAAGGGAAGUUUAAGCGAUUAGAUCAUCGUAUGUCGCCUGACAGAGAGUAA